AUGAAUCUGCCUACUUUUCUCGCCGCUGCGAAGCUGUUCCUUGUGGCUUGUGAAGCCACUGAGCAGUGGGAAAGGAUACCUCGAGGUUGGAACUUGGCCAACAAACCGCCGCCAGAUGCUAUUGCUACGUUCACUCUGGCAUUGAACAUGGAAAAUUUUGACUCUUUGGCUUCGGCACUUUUGGACAUCUCUGAUACAGAAAGCCCCCAAUAUGGGAAAUAUUGGGAUCAAGCGGAUAUUUAUUCAAGAUUUGCACCUUCUAAUAAAGCUGUCUCAACCACCCUAGGUUGGCUGGUUAGCCAAGGUGUUCGCAAUUACACAGUCGAUUGGAUAUUCAUUGAUUUCACAACAACUAUUGCUACGGCAGAUAAUCUUUUAAACGCGUCAUACCAUUACUACACGAAUAAUGUGACGACAGUGCUUCGAACGGCGGGCUAUUCUGUCCCAGAAAUAAUACAAAACAGCACUCUACUCAUCUCUCCUGGAACUUAUUUAGGAGCGCCAAAUUCUAUGCAACUGUCGCUUCGUCCAUCCGGAGCUCGUGAGUCGCUUCGACGCUCUGGGGUAUCAAAGGAUGGAAACCCAUGUCUUCAAGCGAUAAGUCCGCCAUGUCUCAAACAAAUGUACAAAAUAGCAAACUAUACUCCGCUUGAAGGAUCGGGUAGCACUAUUGGGUUCUCGAGCUUCCUCAAUCAAUCAACUCUUCACAAUGAUCUCUUCGAGUUUGAAAGGCAUUUUGCCAUCCCGAGUCAGAAUAUUUCUGUUGAACUGAUUGCUGGUGGUACAGAUAACCAGAAUGAGUCUACAGCACAGUUUACAGAAGCCGACCUGGACGCUCAAACUAUCGUUGGUGUUGCUCACCCGCUGCCAGUCACGCAGUUCAUAGUAGGUGGGAAACCGUACGUCCAUGUCCACCAAAACAUAAUAUUUCUUAACACUAACUUCAAUUUGAGACCAUUUAUUCCAAACAUAGAUCAUAAGACAGAGAACCGGAACUUCAAUGAGCCGUAUGUUCCCUACUAUAGGCACCUUUUGUCACGGUCAAAGAAUGACCUCCCAUAUGUGAUCUCAAACUCAUAUGGUGAACAGGAGGACUCGGUGCCAAUCAGAUAUGCCUUACUUACCUGCAAUCUCAUUGGCCUUUUGGGUCUCCGAGGAGUAACAGUUGUGCAGUCUUCCGGAGACAGUGGAGUGGGAAGCGGUUGUUUGGCACCGGACUUCAGGACUGCGGAAUUCUAUCCCAUUUUUCCUGCCACUUGCCCAUGGGUAACAAGCGUCGGCGGUACGGUCGGAUUUUCACCGGAAUCUGCUUGGAAAGGUAGCUCUGGUGGAUUCAGCCGCUACUUUUCCCGGCCUUCCUAUCAAGACGCCUCAGUCUCCAUGUACAUGGACACUCUAGCUCCCGAAACACGUGAAUACUAUGGAAAGUACACAAACUGGAAUGGACGUGCGUUUCCAGAUGUUGCAGCUCAUAGCCUAUCUCCAGACUUCCAAGUCGUGUAUCGAGGACUGGUUGCGAUGAGCGGCGGGACGAGUGCAUCGGCGCCGGUGUGGGCGGGCAUUGUAGCUCUGCUCAAUGAUGCAAGGCUGCGAGCAGGCAAGCCAGUUCUCGGAUGGCUGAAUCCGCUCCUUUAUGCCCGGGGAUUCCUGUCGCUGAACGACAUUACUGAGGGUUUCAGUGAAGGUUGCAAUGGUAUGAAUCCAGGCACAAAUGCUACUGAGCCAGAUGGUGCUGGAAUAAUCCCUGGGGCUAGAUGGAAUGCGACAAUAGGCUGGGACCCUGUAACUGGAUUGGGCACACCGGAUUUCCAGAAGUUGAAGCAUCUUGUCCUCAGCCUCUAA